AUGAAGGUUGAAAUCCUAUCAAGAAAGUUCAUCAAGCCAUCUGCUCCAACUCCAGAUCACCUUCGACAGAAGAAGAUAUCCUUGUUCGAUCAGCUGGCUCCUCCUUCAAAUGUCUCCCUUAUUCUCUACUACUCCGGCAAUGGCAACAUAGCCGGAAACAACAAAAGACGUGCCCAGUUGGAGAGAUCAUUAUCGGAGGCCUUAACCGCGUUUUACCCAUUAGCUGGGAGAUUCGCCAAAGAUGAUCUCUUGGUUGAUUGUAAUGAUCAAGGGGUGGAAUAUUUGGAAGGACAAGUGGACUGUAACUUGGAUGAAUUUCUACUAGAACCCAAAAUUGAGCUUCUAAAUCAUUUGCUUCCAUCUGAUAUUGGCAUACCUGAUUUGAUUACGAGUCCUUUAGUAGCAGUUCAGAUCAACAGCUUCAACUGCGGUGGAUUAGCCAUUGGCGUCUGUGUUUCACACAAGAUUGCUGAUGCUUCAGGGAUUGUCUCUUUUAUCAAUGGAUGGUCAAGUGCAAGCCGAGCAGAGAUGGUCAAUGAAGCCAUUCAUCAACCAAAUUUCGAUUUGGGUUCUCUCUUCCCACCAAGAACUUUACCUGGUCUUGAGAUUUCUCCACCCCCCUUCAACUCUGAAAUUAAGAUUGUCACAAGGAGGUUCGUGUUCAAUGGUGAAGCCAUAACAAAGCUGAAAGCUAAAGCUGAAGCACAAGCUCAAAUCAAUAAUAAUGGUAUGGAAUGCCAACCAACAAGGGUGGAGGUGGUGACAGCAGUUAUAUGGAAGGCCCUUAUAAGUGCAGCUCGAGCAAAACAUGGGCACUUAAGGGCUUCAUUGCUCACCCACAAUGUGAACAUGAGGCAGAAAACAGUCCCCCCAAUGCCGGAGAAUUCAUUGGGAAACUUUCUUGUGGCUGCCAUUGCUCGAUUCUCAGCAGACGAGAGCAAGAUGGAGCUGCAUGACUUUGUAGGUUUGGUAAGAGAUGCUGCAAGAGAUGCGGUUGCUAAAUUCGCGAAAAUACCUGUCCUAAAUGGUGAUGAAGUUAUGUUGAUGCUAGGAAACUUAUACACUGAUUUGCUGGGAGGAUUGUGCAACAGUGAGGUUGAUGUUAGGAUUUUUAGCAGCUGGUGCAAAUUUCCAAUCUAUGAAGCUGAUUUUGGAUGGGGGAAGCCAGCUUGGGUAAGUCUAAUGAGCUUUCCCGUGGAAAUAGUUACCUUGAUGGAUACCAAAUGUGGUGAAGGCAUUGAAGCAUGGGUGAGUUUGAAUGAACAAGACAUGCUUCACUUCCAACAAGACCCAAACAUUGUAGCCUUCACUUGUUAGGGAUUCUCCUUUUUUUUUUUUGUUAUAGGGUGUCUAGGCUUAUGUUGACUAUUCUCUCGAGUUCAGCG